UACUUCAGAUCAAUCAAUGGAUAAGGACUCAUCACGUACAGAAGCCCCACGUUGUAGUUUUGAUGGUACCAACUAUUCUCUAUAGGCCAUCCAUUUUAAGAACUUCCUCAAGGGUCGUGGUUUGUGGGGACUACUGGAUGGAUCUGUUACUAUCCCCACAGAUGCCGCCAAAUUAGAUGAUUGGGAAAUAAACAAUAGACGGAUUAUUACUUGGAUUCUCGAUUCGGUCGAUCGGUCCAUUGCUGUUGGACUCACGCCUCAUCGCACUGCUAAGGCGAUGUGGGAACAUCUCCAGUCGAUUUAUCAACAGAGUAAUGCGGCCCGGUUAUUCCGUCUGGAACAGGAUCUUGUUACCCUUACUCAGGGUAACGACAGUAUUCAAUCAUUUUAUUUCAAAAUUGUCACAAUUUGGACAGAGAUGACUAUGAUGGAUCCAACAUUUCCUCAUGACUUUAAAAUAUUCCAAACUAUGCGCGAGAGUGCGCAAGUUCGUCAAUUCCUUAUGAAGCUACGUCCGGAAUUUGAGCAUUGUCGGGCUGCUCUCUUGAACCGUAGCCCUACUCCUUCACUGAAUUCGGUUAUUAAUGAUUUAUUGGCUGAAGAACAACGACUGAAAGUUCUCUCAACUCCGGGCUCAUCUGAUAUGGUGCUUGCUGUGUCCACAACUCCACCAACACGUGGUUCUGGUUCCUCUCCCUUGACUUGUCGCGGGUGCAACAAGGUGGGACAUGUUGUCGCUCAAUGCAAGGAAUGGUGUGCUUAUUGUCGACGGACUGGUCAUGGUAUUCAGGACUACCGUACACGAGCUUAUGCAUCUUCUUUCGGCCGUGGCCAUGGUGGCCGUGGUCGUGCUCUUUCUGCUACGGCUGCCACUAUUUCUUCCGAGACAUCUGUUAAUGAGUCUGCAUCUACUACUUCUGCUAAAAGUCUUUCAUCUCCAUUGACUCCUGCGAUGCUCCAACAAAUUGUUCAGGCCCUUUCUGCCACCGGUAUGUCAGGAUCUGGCAACGGGGAAGGUACUUGGGAAGGGUAGGCGGCAUGGUCGUCUGUACGUGCUUGAUUUUGAUCCAUCUGUCACCCCGGCUCGUUGUUUCUUUUCUCCAUCUUCAUCAGAUAUUACUUCAGCAAAUAAAAUGUGGAAACUGUGGCACUUUCGCCUGGGUCAUCCACAUUCGGAUCGGUUACUUCAGUUAAUUUCAUCUGGCAUGUUAGGGAAUAUUUCUCUUAAUAAAAAUGAUUUGGAUUAUUCUUGUUCUUCCUGUUGUCUUUCAAAAAGUAAGUGUAUUCCCUUUUCUUUAAGUACUACAAAAACAUCUUCUAUGUUUGAACUUGUGCAUACAGAUGUCUGGGGUCCAUCACCAAUUAUGUCCCUCUCUGGGUUACGAUACUAUGUUAUAUUCAUUGAUGAUUUCACACGGUACACUUGGAUUUACUUUCUGCAAUCAAAGUCAUAGAUUUUUGAAAAAUUCAAGUUAUUUCACUCUAUGGUGGAGACUCAGUUUCGGGUUCCAGUUCAAACU